AUGCCAAAUUCUAGCACGAACGCCGCCAUUGACUAUGCACCUGAGGUCUUUCCAGCGUUACUAGCAAGUAGCUAUGAGCAAAUACAGUACCUGGGCACAGGAACAUUUGGAACGGUAAGCACAGCCAUCAGAAAAAGAGAUGGAGUGUCUGUGUGCAUAAAGGAGAUCGACGUCCACUUCUGCACGGACGCCAAAAUAGGUUUGCUGAAGAAAGAGCUUGAAGAGCUUGCAAAGCUCUCAGCCCCCAAUCUUAUUGCGAUUAAUCAUUAUGAAUACAAUCCUGACAUCCGAGCCUUCUACAUUGAAACGCCUCGUUGUGAAAGCACGCUGCUAAGCAAACUCAGUGAUCACCGAAGAGCGGGGACCUCGUUCACCGAGGGAGAGGUUUGGAAAGUUCUCUAUGACAUUUGCAGGGGAUUACUGUAUUUACAUUCGAAGGUACGGACUACCGAGCUACCCUCUCCCAAUGCUGCGAGAAAGAGAGCUCCAUUCAAUGGUUAUAUCCACGGGGAUCUAAAGUUAGAAAAUGUGGGGUUUUGUGACGGCAAUGCGGUACUGCUUGACUAUGGCAUGAAUUCCUUUAUUGAUCAGCUGCGUGACCAACAAACCAUUCUCUCCACAUCUGCUUUUCUGGCUCCAGAGGCCGCGCUGGGGAAAGAUUUCAAUCCCAAAGGAGAUACAUGGGCUCUAGGCAUCAUUGCACUAGCCUUACUGAGGGGUAGACCUGAAAAGGUAUCAGUAGAUAACCAUUUAUUGGCUCAUUUAUCCUUCUCGGGAGAGAAAGACUUUACAGAUAGAUUACGGAGCUUUAUUGAGCAGUGUUUGAAUAUUAACGCUCCUGUUCGGAUAUCGUCUGCAGACGCACUUCUUUUUAUUGAGAAAACAACCGAGGAAAUAGCAUCGAGCUCGCCUUCUUUGGCCGAGUCUCCUACCUUGAUUUCAUCCAUCAAUGCAGACAUGAUAGACGGAAUUCAUGAACACCUUAGUGAGCUUCUGACAGAGCGAGAUGUGUGUAACCACUCUGCUCUGGAUCUUGCAAUCCAAAAGGGCAAUAUGGAAUAUAUUGAAAUCCUCGUGAAAUACCUGGAUACGGUAGGGGCAUGUUUGCAACUAGGACCACGACCUCACAUUAGGCGUGUGUCUACUUAUACCAAUCUCAUGAAGAUAGCCCUUUUGAAUAAGCCCGCAUAUAUAGACGAAUACUUGGACGCCGAAGCUAAUUGCGUAUAUGGGAUGCACGGCAUGACUGCCCUAAUGAUCGCGGCUUCCAUGGGUCACGCUGAAUGUGUGAGGAAGCUCAUAAGGGAGGCAGGGGUUGUUUCAAUGAAGGGAUGGACAGCCCUCAUGUAUGCUGUGCGUGAGAAUCAUGUAGAGUGUGUUAGCCUGCUGCGACUGGAGAUGGGUAUAAUGACAAAGAGCUCUAUGCGUGCUUGUGAUCUGGCAGACCAUCUGGGUCAUAGGGAUUGUGCCGAGCUUCUCAAACGCGAACAGCUCCUUUGUGUUGGGGAGAACUGCCGCGUUUUCAGUGACGACUGGUACAAAGAGCUUUUGGGGAGUGCUGUCUUUGAAUAG